GUUAAGUUCGUUUUGAGCCAAGGGAGGGUAGGAUUCUUUGGUAGUCCGAUGGCUUGGGCCUCUGAUCGUCUAAUUCUCUAUUGCCCUCGCUGUUGCUGUGAUUGUGCCAAGGGUUUGAUACAUGCAUCUGCCAAGAAAAUGUUAUUGAAAGCUUUGCUUAUUGUGUCCCUCCUCUUCCCAUUUUGCACAUCCAUUGACACCAUAGAAAUGGACCAACAUGUAAAGGAUGGUGAUCUUCUGGUGUCCAAGGAAAACAUCUUCGCAUUAGGGUUCUUCAGCCCCAGAAACUUCAGCUCCAGGUACGUCGGAAUUUGGUAUGUUCAAAAAGAUCAAAAGGCAGUGGUUUGGGUAGCAAACAGAAACGACCCCAUCAAUGAUACCUCUGGUGCCCUUACUAUAGACAGGUAUGGGAGACUGCUUCUUUAUUCUAACAAUAUGCAGAACAUUACUGUGUGGUCUACAAAUGUGACGGUUCAAACUGCGAGCUUUAGUUGCAGGGCUCAGCUUUUAGAUUCUGGAAAUUUAGUUCUUUUCCGGGAUAAUAAAAGCAAAAAUUUUAUGUGGCAGAGUUUUGAUUAUCCCACAGAUACUCUCCUUCCGUGUAUGAAACUAGGCGUGAAUUGGAAAUUGGGGAUAGAAUGGGUCUUAACAUCUUGGAAGUCACAAGAUGACCCUGGAACUGGGGAAUACACCGAAAGGCUCUAUUCCAAUCAGACUGCCACCCUCGAAGUUUUUGUUUUUUAUAAAAAUUUGACUCCGCUUUGGCGAGCUGGUCCAGUGGACCCGGGGCGAUAUCAUCCAUUGGGCGUGGGCACUUAUGUCAGUAAUCAGGACGAAAUGUAUUACUUUCUUAAAAACGAUAGCACUUCAAUAAGGGGGGUGUUGAAGGAUUCUGGGUUAUUGCAAAGCCUCAGGUGGAACAAUGCGGAUAGAGAAUGGAAGGAACUAUGGUCUGCGCCAAAAUAUCGGUGUGACCAGUAUGGAGAGUGCGGUGCCAACAGCAAAUGUAGCCCUGACAAUAUCAAUUUGUUUAAGUGUGAGUGUCUGCCAGGGUAUGAACCGAAGUCUGUCAAUGAUUGGAAGAUGAGAGAUGGUUCGGACGGGUGUGUUAGUAAACGAGUUGCGGUAUCAAAGUGUAGGAACGGAGAAGGGUUCAUGAAGGUGGCACAAGUUAAAGGUCCAGACACAACGAAAGCAGCACGGCUGGAAAAAGGUAUUAGUGUCAAAGAGUGUGAGCAGGUGUGCUUAAGCAAUUGUUCUUGCACUGCAUAUAUGGUCAUAGAAUCUGAAGGGCUCAGUGAUUGCUUGACAUGGUAUGGUGAGUUGCUGGACAUUGUAGUGCUCACAGAGGUAGGGCAAGAUCUACAUGUACGCGUGGACAAAAUCGAAUUAGCUGAAAAUUCCAGAAACUCGAAAGGUUUUUUUAAAAGGAGAGGUAUGCUGGCUAUUCUGAUGUUGUCUGUUCUUCUAGCAUUGGUACUGAUCGUUUCGUUGGCCUGUUGGAGGAUUAAGAAAAAGAGGAAGACAAAAGUUGAGACUGAAGAAACUAGGAGACAUCCCGAAUUGCAAUUUUUCCAUCUGAGAACGAUAAAUGCAGCUACGAACAACUUCUCUCCCGUCCAAAAACUUGGCCAAGGUGGUUUUGGCACUGUUUAUAAGGGUGUAUUACGAAAUAAUCAGAAUAUUGCUGUAAAAAGAUUAUCCAGAACUUCAGGACAAGGAGUUGAAGAAUUCAAAAAUGAAGUUGCGCUGAUAGCGAGACUUCAACACAGGAAUCUCGUGAAACUUUUAGGCUGUUGCAUAAAGGGAGAAGAAAGGAUGUUACUGGAAUACUUGCCGAACAAAAGCUUGGACUACUUGCUUUUCGAUCACACAAAAAAGUCCUUGCUGGAUUGGCAAAAGCGAUUCGAAAUCAUCAAUGGGGUUGCUCGUGGGGUUUUGUAUCUUCACCAGGACUCAAGACUUAGGAUUAUUCACAGGGAUCUAAAAACCAGCAAUGUCCUUCUAGACGCUGAGAUGAACCCAAAAAUCUCAGAUUUUGGCAUGGCAAGAAUCUUCCAUGGGGACCAACUCCAGUUUUCGACCAACAGAGUUGUCGGAACAUAUGGCUAUAUGUCACCGGAGUAUGUAGUGUUUGGGAGAUUUUCAACCAAAUCGGAUGUUUUUAGUUUUGGGGUCAUAUUAUUGGAGAUCGUAAGCGGCAAGAAAAACAGCAGUUUCUAUCAAGAGGAUCAUUUCGUAAACUUAAUAGGACAUGUUUGGCAGUUGUGGAGUGAAGACAGAGCCUUAGAAAUUGUGGAUUCGUCACUGGAGUCAUACGCGCCCGACGAAGCCAUGAGAUGCAUUCAAGUCGGGCUCUUGUGUGUCGAAGAAGAGUCGAAGAACAGACCAUCCAUGUCAGCUGUUGUUUUUAUGUUGAGCGGGGAAGCAUCUGCUCCAUCUCCUCAGCAGCCUGCAUUUGCCUUGAGAAAAAUUUCAUCUGGCGAUGCUGCUGUUCCGUCCGUUUCCAAAGGAUCGUGUUCUAUCAACGACGUGACAAUAACUAAAUUCAGAGGUCGAUAACUAAAUUCUGUUGUCGUCUGUGAUAAAACGUGGUCUUUCGGGAACUGAAUCAUAUAUGUUUAAAUGAGACUUCAGUUAUUACUUUAGUCUAAAGAAGGCUUUUCAAUUGCACUGUACAAAUGAACAGUGUUUUGAACAAAGAAGGCUUUUCAAUUGCACUGUACAAAUGAACAGUGUUUUGAACCACAUUUCAGUUUAUUUACAAGAUUGCCACUCGGAUGCUUUUAACCACCUUUCACAUAAUUUACAAAAUUGCCACUCAGGCUUAAAAACCUAUUUUCACCCUUUGGCUUAAAAACCUAUUCUCGCAGACCCUGCGAGAACCACGGUCUCGCCUCCAUCCUAUACUCCAGUCGCCGCGGUCUCCCUUCUCUAGGUAGGGUGUUGUGCGUGUGCGGUCAUGCUUGAUGAUCGUGGAAGCCAGCAAUUCAGCUACGACAUAGCCUCGACUUUGUUUCCAUCUCCAUUUUCUCUCCUCGCCUUCUCUCUCAGAAAUCACCAACGAGCUUAAAAACCACCAAGCCGUUAGAAAUCUCUUCGAUUCUCUCUCAGAAACUACGAAGUACAACGACCUCUUGCUGAAAAACCUUGAAUUUAGUCCCACUUCGAAGGAAGUAUUAAGCCCAUAAAAGCCUUGGUUUCCUGUUUAUUUUGGGGGUUUACACUAAAAUUGAGGAAGCAUAUAUUAACGCAAAGGCUCGAUGAUGUACGACAACUUGGAUAAGAUAGGAUUGUUCUCUUUGGAAGCUUCUUUCCAGCCUUGAGCUUCUUCUUGCCUAGUGCCUUCUCAUUGAAUAUUGGAGCAUUAAACCACAGGU